AUGGGUUUGAGUCUGAAAAAGAAGUUGAAGGACUUCAUCCGUGGUCCAAAGAAGGAUGACGCCUCCAAAGAACCACUUCGUGCCCACCCGAGUUCGCUGCAGCAGGCGGGCGCGCUGGCGGAGAAGGCACCCAGCUCCUGCACGACCGAUUCGUCGGGAACACCACAGUUGAUUUCAGCCACCGAACCAUUAAAUACGCUCCAAGAAGAUACAAUAGACGAGCCGGCCGCGAAGUCAGCGCCUUCAACAAGCAAUGAAGGAUCCAUUCGGCAGUUGUGGGACGUGGCAUAUCAAAACCUGCGAAAUCAAGAAGAGAGCCUCGUCCAAGAGUUCGAGAACCAGAUAUGCGGCAACAUGGCCGCUGGCCUUGGUGUCGGUGUACGUUCACAUGCCGGAACGAAAGACUGGUUGGCAACGAUCCUCAAGCACAAGAUGGAUCAAGUCAACCGGGAGUCUUGGAAGUUGAAAUUUGGCAGCUCCGAGGUGGAAGUCCAGGAUGUUGUAAAGCCCGUCCUAGCUGUGGUCGACUGGGCCAAUGACUUCGUGGCCAAAGCUCUAGUCUCAAAUCCAUACGCUUCAAUUGCCUGGAGUGGUGUGAGCUUGUUACUACCGCUGCUUCUAAAUCCCUUGGAUCAAGCCGCCGCUCUGGCCAAGGGGCUUGAGCAUAUAUCGUCCCUCAUAGUACGAAGCUCUAUGUGGGAGGAUCUCUAUGUCCGGCGUUACGAGUCUAAGACCAGCGAGGCUUCGUCGGAGCCGCAUGCUGCUUACAGACUCAUCUUGGAAAAGCUGUAUAGAGAAAUUCUCAAGUUUCAAAUUGUUUGCUAUCGCUACCACAAUCAUAAGACUGCCUCUCGCAUGGCGCUUGAUUCUGUGAAGCAUCACGACUGGGAAGAGCUGCUCGAACAGAUCAAAUAUCACGAGACUGAAUUCGACAAAGUAAGCAAUCAUGUGCGGGACCAGACAUAUGCGGACGAAUGGGAAUACGCAGAGGCGCGGCAUCAACAAGCCAUGAACCAUUGGGAAAGGAUUGGUACAGAUGUUUCCGGUCUGAGAAGAAGGAUUGAUGAAAUCCAGAACGAUAAGAAGCGCAAAGAAUUGCUCAACUGGCUUUGUACCGUUGACCCUUCUGUGCAGUACAAUGCCGCGCGUAGUAAACACCGCAGUGGCACUUGCGAAUGGCUAAUUCAAGAUGACGAAGAUUUCAAGACGUGGGAAAUAGCUCCAAAGUCUUUCUUGUGGCUCAACGGCAAAGCUGGCUCCGGCAAAUCGAUUCUGAGCUCAUCGGUCAUCAAACACUUGAAAGAAAAGUCGGAAGAGAAUCCCCAAGUUGCUCUUGCGUACUAUUUCUUCAGCUUUGGGAACCUGGAGCAACAAAAGGUAAAUGUUAUGUUAUCUUCGCUUAUUGGCCAACUUUGCGCGAGCCGUCCCGAUACGCCACAGCCGAUCGAAGAAUUCGGAAGUUUCAUCAUCAAAAGAGAGCGUCCAGAUACGGAGACACUUGAGAAUGCACUUAGAGCUGCCGUUCGUGGAUUUUCAGCGGCAUACAUUGUUGUAGACGCUCUCGAUGAGUGCCCGAUUCUUGAUGGGGAGCGAAUGAGGCUUAUGGACUGCCUCAGUAAUAUCAUUUCCAAAAUGCCGAAUAAUCUCCAUAUCUUCUGUACGAGCAGGGCCGAGCCGGACAUUCGUACUAAGUUCGAAGAGAUGCCGUCUUUGCCAACAAAAAACACCAUCAGUCUCAUGAAAAAUCAGGCGGGCUUAGAUAGUGAUCUAAGUCUGUACAUCGACGCCACCUUAGCUACUGGAACCUACAAACUUUGGCCUCCCGAGAUCAAGACCGAAGCCAAGGAAUCAUUACUCGCGAAAGCGGAUGGAAUGUUUCAAUACCUUGUCAGCCAGUUUGAAGUCCUCCAAAAGUUCAAUUCGAGAGAGAAAAUACUCUCAGAACUUCGGAAUUUGCCAUCAGGACUUGAUGCAACAUAUGACAGGCUGCUUCUCGACCUGGACCGCGCUUUUCAACCCCAGAUCCUAGACUCGCUGAAGUGGCUAGCUUUUUCGAGUAGGCCUUUGAGUCUCGCUGAACUUGCCGAAGUAUUCAUUUUCUGUCCGGGGGCUGUGACUGACCUGAAAGAGAAGCGGCUGUUUGCCCCAGAAGGAGUUCUGAUAUAUUUCUCAAGCCUUGUGACUACCGAGGAAAAACGAGAAUCGAUACGUGGCAAAGUCCAAAGCAUCACAUAUGUUCGCCUCGCUCAUUUUACAGUCAAGGAGUAUCUGAUAUCUAAUCGCAUCGAACAAAGCCCUGCAAAGCAAUUCUGGUUUACGGAGAUGGAUGCUCAUCUGCACAUCGCUCAUUGCUGCCUGUCUUAUCACGUCAGCCAAAGUGCCGAGGCCAAGGAGUCUGAUGAUGAGCUAUUCUUGAAAAGCUACGCAAUCCAGAAUUGGGUUUGGCACUUAGACCUAGUUCCGCGCGAUGAAUGGUCGUCCGAGGUUGUCCGGCUCGCUGAGUGCGCCCUCUCUAUCCGCAGUAACAGCUUGGAACUGCUGGUUUGGUAUGGGAAACUAUUUGGGAAUGGUGAGAUGGCACAUCUGUUCACCAAUGAGCAACUGCGCAACAUGCAGCAGCGGCCGUACUGCUACACUGCCGGGCUCGGCUCUCUGUAUCUCACGAAACUCCUGCUUUGUGAAGGUUCGAGAGCCAGCAUGUACUUGGUUCAGGAGGAUCUCAACUUGACUCUCGGAGUGGCAGCCCGGGGAGGGUAUCUUGAGAUUGUCCAAUUUGUCCUCGACCGAUGCGCUGAUGGCAAGGCACGAGCGGCAAUUACUCUUGGAGCGCUCCAGGCUGCGGCAUACGGUGGACAUUUGGCUAUCAUAAGCCUCUUACUGGACAAUGGCGCAGAUAUCGAUGCGCAUGAUCACGUAUUCGGGUCGGCUUUGAAGGCCGCAGCCAUGAGCAAUAAGCCAACAGCAUUGCAAUUACUCGUGAGCCGCGGGGCUGACGUCCGCAAGGCAGGAUGUCUUUUGUCAUGCUUGAUAUCGAGUUACAAUAAGAAGAAUAACGUCACGGAAAACAUUGAAGUUUUGCAGCUUCUUAUCGACAGCGGCGCUGACAUCAACAGCAAGUGUACAACACAUGGAAGCGCUUUGAAUCAGGCAAUCAUAGCGUGGCUAAGUCAGGAAACGCGCAGCUUUUUUGACUUUGUCGUAGGGCGCGACGCCGAUAUCACAUUGGACGACGGGCGAUAUGGCACCCCGCUCCAAGCCGCAUGCCUCACUACCAGCGCACGGGCAUACUCUGAUAGCCUGUCGCGGAGCAUUGUUGCAGUCGAGACUCUUCUGGAGAUGGGGGCCGACGUGAAUGCACAGGGUGGAAGAUGGGGAAACGCAUUACAAGUGGCAUGUCGUGAACAUCAUCAUCCUACUGGUGUGAUAAGUCUUCUUCUUGACAGAGGCGCGGAAAUCAACAAUCGGGGAGGCCGCUAUGAAACAGCAUUACACGCCGCCUGCUCGAAAGCGACCUUGGGCUCAGAGGUGGUUGACUUCUUGCUUGAUAAGGGUGCCGACAUUACGAUAGAGGGAGGGAAGUUUGGAAGCGUCCUGCAGGCAGCAUGUUCCCAAGACCUACUGGGAUACUCUCUAAGUAAUGUGCAAAGAUUGGUCGAACAGGGAGCCGAUAUUAAUGCUAUCGGUGGCAGAUUCGGAAGUGCGCUGCAAGCGGCAGCUUCACUGGAAGGCUCAACCACUAACGGGCGCGGCCGUGAGGAUAUAGAAACCUACUUGCUCAGCAAAGGCGCAGAAGUCAACAUACAGGGAGGGAUUUACGGCACUGCACUCCAAGCCGCUUGUGACCGAAGCAAAAUGAAAACAAUUCGCUCACUACUUUCCCGUGGUGCCGAGGUAAAUUUUGAGGGCGGAAUAUACGGAACUGCACUUCAGGCGGCUUGCCAGCUUCAAUAUUGGAAAAAGGACUCUUACGACAUGGCGUGCCUACUGAUAGAACAUGGAGCCAAUGUACAUGUUCAAGGCGGCCUUUACGGGAGUGCCUGGCAUUCUGCGGCUACAAUCCCUUGGUGGAAUGAUGAAAACAACGAGACGUUGGAGCUGCUCCUCAACCAUGGGAUCGACAUUGACAGCAUAGGUCAACCACAUGGUACUGCUCUGCAGGCUGCCCUUGAGAUCUUGCAGAAUCACCGCAGCAUCGUCUCCAAGCUCCGCUUUCUCCUCGACCGCGGCGCUAAUGUCAAUUUAGGAGCCGGCCAAUAUGGAUUCCCGUUACAGUCAGCGUGUGUAGCGCCUAGCAGUUAUGUACCGGAGGUGAACAUCUGCGGCCUCGUUUACCUCCUCAAGAACUGCCCCGAAAUCAAUGUCGACAUGACAGGAGGACUGUUUGGCACGGCUUUACAGGCAGCAACAUCCCAAGGCAAGACAGAAGGCGUUGAGCUACUACUCCAGAAGGGCGCCGACACCAACAUUCGUGGCGGAAAGUACAGAAGCGCACUCAAUGCGGCCAUCUUCAAAGGGUACUGGGAUCUGGUCGAGAUACUGCUGGGUGCCGGAGCCAAGCCAGAUUGUCAUCAAUUUUCCGAACCCGACGAGGAAUGGCUAGAAAGUAUUGAAAGUGAACACGGGAAGGGCGCCGUGGAUCGUUACAGGAAGGUUUGGGAGAUAAAGACCCUGGAAUUGAGUAAAGGCAAGGCGGGAAAAGGGCAGAAUGAUUCGCCAUCUUCGUUCUGAUUAGGAUCAUGUACUACCACAGAUAAGGUACUGAAAUGGGUGUGUUGGCUAUUACAUUUUAAGUCAAACCCCCCACUUCCUGGCACCCCCCUGUUUCUGGCACCCACAAAAACGAUGGGAUCACAACCCAACCUCCUCAUUACUAUUAACUAUUGAUCCUCAACCACACCCAC